UUUCGGCCGCAGAUCUAAAAUGGACGACGACCACAACUUUUACGACGCGACCGAGCACGAUGUUGUCGCGAUGACCGACCCGUCCCGCGCGCACCAGGUGCUGCAGAUGCCCGAGCUCUUCCGCGCGAUCGUGCAGUUCCAGCGCGGUAUCGUGAUGCCGUUUGCGCCCAUUUGCCGUGCGUGGGCCGCGCGCGUGCCGUACCUUCAAGGCCGCUUCCUCGUCCACGCGUUCAACCUCGACGAUGUCUACGAAGCGUCGCUCUUCCAGCAGCUCUUUGUGAUGCGGCCACACAUGUUUAGUGCCGGCGUCAUGGACCUCUUGUGCCGGUACGGCGACCUCGACAUGGUCCACUUUCUGCAUCUCCACGGCGCUCCGUGCUCCAAGGACGCAAUGGAUUGGGCCGCGAGCGCCGGGCAUCUGCACGUCGUGCAGUAUUUGCACCAACACCGCCGCGAAGGUGCGACGACCGACGCCUUGGACAAUGCUGCCAAGCACGGGCACUUGGCGGUCGUCGAGUUUCUCGACCGACACCGACACGAAGGCGCGACCACCAAGGCAAUGGACGAAGCGGCGGUCCACGGACACCUCGAGGUCGUGCGGUACCUCCACUUUAACCGGCGCGAGGGCUGCACCAAGUACGGCAUGGACCGCGCAGCGCUCGAAGGCCACUUGCGCAUCCUCGAGUUUCUGCACAGUCAUCGCUACGAGGGCUGCACCGUGAACGCGAUCAACUGGGCGGCGCAGCACGGGCACCUCGAGAUCGUCCGGUUUCUCCAUACGCACCGGAAGGAAGGCUACACGGCGAACGCGCUCAAGUGGGCAGCCCAAAACAACCACUUUGACGUGGUGCACUUUUUGCUCUCGCGCAAGGAGACGAUCCAGCGCCACAUGACGUCGGCGCGCCACGCCAAGGGCGGUGACCCGCUGCGGCAGAUUCGGCGGCUCAAGCAAGCCGCGUGCCAAUGCAGCGUGAGCUAG